AUGGAUCCUGCUAGCGGAAUUGGACUUGGCUGUGGUGUCACCUCUCUAGCCUUCGAUGUCUUCGACCAUUCAGUGAAGCUUUUCAAAUUCUUCUGCUCCAUGGUAGACAUGCCGAAGGACUAUGAGGGAUGUCGAGUACGAUUCGUGAUGGAAUACAACCGGCUCCUUGCCUGGGGCUAUACCGCCGGUCUUAUCGAAUGUCCCAGCGGUUCGCACCUUGCAGCAAGCUUAGGAACAAAUGCCGUGGAACUGUGUAGCGUCGUCGCUCGAAUCGGUGCACUUCUGGACGAUUUCAAGGAGCUAUUUGCCAGGUGGAACAACGACACAAUGCCAAGUGAUAAGGAAAUGGCCGUACUAAUUGCCGAGGAAAUUGACGUUGUGGCAGAAGUCUCUACGCUAGCGUCGCUAUACAAGAGCGGUAUGGGGGAACGCAAGGGGCUCAAAGGCCGUAAGGGGCUCAAAGACCGUAACAUCGUCAAAUGGAUGGCCAAGGCUACAGAUACCGCCAAAGAUAUACUGUCGCACCCUCGACGGGUGCGGUGGGUGGUAAUGGACGGAGCGGCGUUUGAGGCUUUGCUGACUGACCUCCACCGCCUGACCGAAAGACUGAGGGAACUAAUGGGCGACCACGAGAUACGACAAAUCCGCGAGGUCACGGCGAAAACAUUCCGCGAGAUGGUUGUCGUUCGAAACGACCUCCGUGAGAUCAAGACCGUUUUGCACGCAAUCGUCACCGCUGGGCAGCUUUCUGCAGGCGGCUGGGAUAGCACCUGCAGCGAGGACGAGAACCAAACCCUGCGAGAACUUCUGCAGUUGAAAAGAUUCAAGUGUAUUUCGGACGAGGUGUCUCUUCAAAUUAAGCAAAAUGCCUGUCUCGAUGUCAAGGAUAGCCUUGGUGGCGUGAUUACCGUUUCCGGCUGUGACGCCGUCACAUUCGAGGGCAGCUUCAGCAGUCAUGCAGCAAAGACGCCAACAAGGCACGACCCCCGCCGGCCGCGCGGCACUUUCGUUCAGAAUGGAAAGCAACAUGAAGUAUGGAUUGAAUGGAGAAUGACGGACGAUUCCAUGCCCGGGUCGUCCGAGGAGAAAGAGUCUUGGGUAAGAACGUGGACCCUCGCGCAGAUGCUUUCCGAGGACAAACCGAAAGGCCUCUUUGCACCCCCCUGCAUGGCCUUUGUGGAUUACCGCCACCUGAAAAACAAAGUGGGCUGGGUCUUUGAGAUGCCCCAUGGUUCAAAUGAAAACACCAUACUGAAGACCUUGCAUAGCAUGUUGGGCCAAAAAAGGUAUCGUCCGAGCAUGGUCCAACGCUUUUCCCUCUCCUGGAAGGUGGCAUCGUCUUUACUCUAUCUCCACACGGCAGAUUGGCUCCAUAAAGGCAUACACAGCGGUAACGUCGUGUUCGCUUGCGAGCAAGACAAUGUCGAUUUUGAUAGCCCGAUCCUUUCCGGCUUUGAAUAUUCAAGGCCGCAAAGCAGCGGCACCACUUCGCGAGGCACUGAUCCCAGAUGGGACAUAUACCGAUGGCCAAGCAUUCAGAGCGAGGCCCCCAAGACUACGAGCUCUCGAAAGACUUAUGACAUCUACAGCCUAGGUCUUAUGCUGCUAGAAAUCGCCCACUGGAAGCCGCUGUGCGACUUUGUGUGCCUGGAAUCGUGGCCCUUGCCAACAUUACAAGACUGCCAAAUUCGUGGUUGGCUACUUGGUGAACUUAAGCAUGAGCCUUUCGAAGAAAAUCCACUUCUUGCAUUGCGUGAUGUGGCUGGGGAUCAGUAUUUUGAGGUAACUCGACGCUGUCUUGUAGCUCAUGGUGAGCUUGGUAUGCGUGUGGGAGAAAAUGCAGUGGAUUCGGAUCCCAUAGUCGGGGUUGAGCUUCAAAACACGUUCAGCGAGCUGGUGGUUGACAAGCUCCAAAUACUUUCGGCAUCAAUUUAG